UUUGCUUCGCAGAGGCAGUGCCUGUGACGGUCAAAGGUCGUUGUGUCGCAAUGUUGCAAAAAAAUUGUUGCUAAUUGUGGGCAUGCAUUGCAUAAAGACGACCGUAGCGUUCUAAGAUGGAGAAAAUGUUGAAACAGCCCGAGAUUAUUGCACCCAGUGGCCCAGUUUUGGUCGAUCAAAGGAUCGAGAUUCAGGUUAAAAAUCUUAGGCCUUUUCAACAUGUCACUUUGCGAGUCGAGCUCAACUCAGAAAAGCCAGUAUUUUUUGAAUCAUACGGGCAUUACAUCGCAGACAAAGAUGGAGAGCUGAAUUUGUCACGAGAUUCUUCUUUUGGAGGUACCUACAAAGGCAUUGACAACAUGGGUUUAUUUUGGAGCAUGUUAGUAGCACCCGGUCAAAGAAAAGGGGCCAGGUUUAUUACAAAAGAUGUAACAAAAAUGAUGGAGUUUAGAGUCUUUUUGUUCGAUGGACAUGUUAUGUCGCAGAGCAAUGCAGAAAGCAUGGUGCAGGCUUUGGAAAAGCUUCCCAAAGCACUAGCUAAAACAGCAAUUCUACGAACUUAUCUGGCAGAAAAUGUGGAACGCGUGGAAAUAAGUGUUGGUAGGAUAAGGGGAACUUUGUUUGUUCCUAAAGGGAACAGGAAAUUUCCAGGAGUUAUUGACAUGUUUGGUACCCAUGGAGGUUUGCUUGAGUAUAGAGCAGCAAUUCUUGCAUCACAUGGCUUUGUCACAUUAGCUUUGGCAUUUUUUUCCUACAAAGACCUUCCAAAUGGUUUCUUCAAUCUUGAGCUGGAGUAUUUUAUGGAGGCUGCCAAAUGGCUUGCAAGUCAUGAUAAAGUUUACUCAUCUGGCAUUGGGUACAUUGGUGUGUCAUAUGGUGGACAAAUUGCAUUGCAUGUCAGUGCAGAAUGUCCUUUUGUGAAGGCUGUAGUUGCCAUUUCUUCGCAUAAUGCAAUUGGAAUUCCAGUAAAGUAUAAAGGGAAAAUUCUUGGUUUUACAAAAAUAUUUUCUAGAGAAGACAUUGUUAUUACUGAAGACCAAAUGAUUAUAACACGUGAUUCAUUUGAAAAAUAUGCUGAAGAACUUCAUAGCAUAGAAAUCCCAAUUGAAAAGAUUAAGGGGAAAAUAAUGAUAGUUGCAGGAGAAGAAGACAUGUCCACCAAUGCACCAAAAUGUGCCAGAAGGAUGCAAAGUAGGCUGAAAGAAUAUAGCAAAGAGCCUCCAACUGUUCUUAUUUACCCAGGCACUGGACAUUUGAUUGAAGUUCCUUACAUGCCAGUUUGUUCUGCAUCUUAUCAUUCUGUUGUUGGACAUUUGAUUGUAUGGGGAGGUAAUAUAAUUGAACAUUCUGCAGCACAAGAGCAUGCAUGGCACUAUAUUAGGAGUUUUUUGUUUGAAAAUAUCCAGGAUGUAACUAGCAAGUUAUAACAUUCUUUCAAAACUUCUUAGCUCCAAUUUGAACAGAUUUGCUACUAUUUGUAAUCUGUUUUUUUCUAUUCUGAAACACUCAACUACAAUAAUCAGUGGCCUAGCAUUCGAUCCCCUGCAGAUGUCACCUAUUUACCAUGACUCAGUUCCUUUUAAUUUUUUUUUGGAAUGCAUGAUAGAAUUUUGUAUAUUGAAUAAAUCAUGUUAUUGCAUAUGUUUAUAAUUAUGUUUCUGAAGUAAUUUAUUGGAUGGGCCUUGUUAAUGAAUUUGCAUUUGACCAUG